AUGCCGACUGGCCUGCAAAUAGUGACUGAUCAGCAGACGCUUUUGCAGUGUGUGGAUCUUCUCGGCGGGAUGAGUUUCUCCAGUCGUGCGUCCUCUGAGGAAAUGAGCGAUGAGCUGGAGACUUUGGGGUGGUACCACUACGACCUGUCCCGUCACGCCGCUGAGGCGCUCCUCUUGUCCAAUGGGAGCGAUGGAAGCUACCUCCUGAGAAACAGCAACGAAGGCCCUGGUUGCUUCGCCUUGUCUGUCAGGGCAAAGGAGUCGGUCAAGCAUUAUCACGUGACCCGCAGAGACCACGCCUAUGUGUUUGGUUUCAGCACAUUUGCAACGCUUCAGGACUUUAUCAGCCACUUUGCCAAUAAGCCGCUGGUGGGGAGUGAAACGGGAACCCUCCUGGUCCUGAAGAGUCCGUACCCGUGGAGAGUGGAAGAGCCAUCCAUCUAUGAGUCCGUGCGGGUUCACACGGCGCUGCAGACGGGCCGCACGGAAAACGACCUUGUAGCGACUGCCCCUGCGCUAGGUACAAAAGAAGGAUACCUCCUGAAACAAGGGGCUAUUGUGAAGAGCUGGAAGCAAAGAUGGUUCACACUAAGCCGAUACGAACUGAAAUACUUCAAAGACCAAAUGUACGAAGAUCCGAUUCGGACCCUGGACCUGAAGGCGUGCUCUGCCGUUCAGUUUGACUACUCUCAGCAAAGGAUCAACUGUUUCUGUCUGGUGUUUCCUGAGAGGACGUUUUAUCUCUGUGCAAAGACUGGCGUGGAGGCAGAUGAGUGGAUCAAGAUCCUCAGAUGGAAGUUGGUGAGCUCUUUUAUGGUGCAUCUUUCUGUAAAACUACCGCGCUCAUGAAGCGUUAGUGGAAUUUGGGGGGUAGCAGUUUUGGACAGUGUAUAAAAGGGGGUCCCUUGAGCAAUGUUUGACCUCUGACUAACAGACUGCAAGCAUGUCCACACUAUCCCUUUCACCAUCCCUGCUUUAUCCUAGUCCCAGGCACACAAAGGCCAAUGACUGAAAGCACAUCACUGCUCUGCACCCAAGAACCGUCCGCAUUGAAAAGUUCCCACGUGAUACCGAAUAUGAACCCAUGGAACAAGUCCGGGCCGCAUCAAGUAUUCAACUGGAAGUAUCCAUCCUCUAAAGGAGGGGGGGCUUUUGUGGUGUCAAAUGCCUGUCGUUGAAAUACAAUGGAGUGGACCUUCCACCAGCGAACGGCAGUCGUUAGCGUUCCGUUGGAGAUGUAAUGAUGAUCACGGACUGUGUGAAGCCAAGAUGUCCGUGCCUCGUUUAUUUCUUAGAGGCUAAAUUAUUUCAUCGUUUAUGAAGGGAUCUACGGACAGCUAUUAGGGGGAGGACUUUCCAAAUAGUACAGCAAGACAUUGGGAGAGCCAGCAUCACUGGGACUGCUUCUGACUUCCCAGCAUGCCUUGCAGCACUUGUUUUGUAAAACUGCUAAAAUUAUGUUUCGAGUGAACAAAGUUGUUUAUUGUCAGGAAAAUAUAGUUUGUUAUUGCACUUCAAAUGUGUUGUGUCCAUUCCAUUUUACCGAUAGUUGUCCCUCGCCACUUUGCAGUUAUUAUUAAACCAUUGCUGUUUUGUGCUUGGCUAUGGCUGAUCGUUAUCGUUAUCACAAACUUUUGUUUGUGAUUGGAGGUAGUGUUCUGUCUACUCACUUCCACUAGGGCCUUGUGUUUCAGACCAUUUCUCUUCUGUCUUCUUCUUCCUUCACUUGCUUCCACCAGCGAUUGUAACACCUUUGGAUACCUUAAUACAAGAAGAUUAGAUUUGGUAAUGAAAUCAAACUUUUAUUACUUGCAUUCACACAUAAAACCUGUUUUCCCCAACAUAGAGUAGAAGAACAAUGAUGCAGGUGAGGGAACGCUUCGCGGGGUUCAAGCAGGUUUCCCCACAAUACAUCAACAAACCAAAGGAAGGGAAUCCGUGAGUAUGGGGACACUUUGACAGAAGAUUCCACUGUAGUCUCCUGAAGGCUUCAAAUGGUUGGUCGGACGUUAUGUGACUUCCACAACUUGCCUCAGCUCUUCUAUUAGUGGAGCCAGCUCCUUCUCCAAGCUCAUGAUCAGGCCUGAGGACAGACAGGAGACUCGUUCCAGAAGGUGCAUGGAAAAGGAAGAGGAACCCAGUGAGUGGUGACCUCUGUAGAUGUUUACCUGUGUUGGCAUUGCUGCUGGCAAUGAAGCUGAUGACAAGGGGUAACCGAUUGAACUGCACGAUCUACAUAGAUGGACAGACAGAUACUUUAUUGAUCCAGAAAGAACGUUGUAGAACGUACCACAGCAGGAGCCAAUGAUUGCUUCUGGCUGCCAGCUGACGCUUGUCAUGUGACAUCUACAUCCGGGUUACUAUUAAACUGACACCACUGAGUACAGAUGCAUGUAUUGUUGUGUAUAAGUGUAUAUAUAAGUGUUAUUUAGUGUCCCACGUGCUGUAUGUUCAUAAAGUUCAUUCAUAAAGUUAUUCCAAAUGUACUAUACUGUGUAUGAAUUUAUUAUGUAUUUAGUAUUUGGGUGGGGACCAAAUUCCCACAUCCUGG